UCAUCCCACUUUAGCCCUUAGUAGUUGCCGUUGCCGAACGCGGCGAUCGUCGCCGUCGUCGUCUUCGCGCCGCCGUUUCCGCCGCGAAGCGAUGGAGAAUGAAGCCAUUUUGGAUGAGCUCCAAAGUUUGGAUUCCGAGAUCGAGGAUAUUCAAGGUCAGAUAAGUGCAUUGAUCGAGCAGCAAGACAGGUUGUAUGAGAGAAAAUCUGAGCUGAAGGCCUUGUUAGAAGCACUUACCACCUCGGGAAGUCCUGUUAAUGACAGUGCCUCAAAUGCUGUAGAGAACUGGUCGGGGCCUUUCGAGUGGGACUCACGGGCUGAUGACAUUAGGUUUAACAUUUUUGGUAUAUCCUCUUAUCGAGCCAACCAGAGGGAAAUAAUAAAUGCUAUAAUGGCGGGAAGAGAUGUCCUGGUUAUCAUGGCGGCAGGUGGUGGGAAGAGUCUUUGUUAUCAACUUCCCGCUAUCCUCCGUGGUGGCACAACUCUUGUUGUCAGUCCUUUACUCUCACUGAUCCAGGACCAGGUGAUGGGUUUGGCUGCCUUAGGAAUUCCAGCCUUUAUGCUGACUUCGACUACUAGCAAGGAAAACGAGAAGUUUGUAUACAAGGCUCUUGAAAAGGGUGAAGAAGACCUCAAGAUACUUUAUGUAACCCCGGAAAAAAUAUCAAAGAGCAAGAGGUUCAUGUCCAAGCUUGAAAAGUGCCACCAUGCUGGUCGCCUCUCUCUAAUUUCAAUAGAUGAGGCUCAUUGUUGUAGUCAGUGGGGUCAUGACUUUCGUCCUGAUUACAAGAACUUAAGCAUUCUGAAGACCCAGUUUCCCAAAGUCCCAAUGGUGGCUUUGACUGCAACUGCAACUCAUAAGGUCCAAAAUGACCUGACAGAGAUGCUGCAUAUUCCUAAAUGCGUCAAAUUUGUCAGUAGCGUGAACAGGCCAAAUCUCUUUUACUCGGUACGUGAAAAGUCGUCAGUUGGUAAAGUGGUGGUCGAUGAAAUUGCAGAACUUAUACGAGAAUCGUACCCUAACGGUGAAUCUGGAAUAGUGUAUUGUUUCUCUAGAAAGGAGUGCGAGCAGGUUGCAGGUGAACUACGAGAAAGAGGGAUUUCUGCCGAUUAUUACCAUGCAGACGUGGAUGUAAAUGCUCGUGAAAAAGUUCACACACGGUGGACCAAAAACAAGUUGCAGGUCAUCGUUGGAACGGUUGCUUUUGGUAUGGGAAUCAACAAACCUGAUGUCAGGUUUGUCAUCCACCACAGCUUGAGCAAAUCUAUGGAGACUUACUAUCAGGAAAGCGGGCGUGCUGGACGUGAUGGCCUCCCAUCUGAGUGUGUCCUCUUUUUCCGUCCGGCAGAUGUUCCCAGGCAGAGUUCCAUGGUCUUUUAUGAGUAUUCUGGUCUUCAGAACCUCUAUGACAUAGUACGAUAUUGUCAGACUAAAAGAAAAUGCCGCCGAAGUGCGUUUUUCCGUCAUUUUGGCGAGGCAUUACAAGAGUGCAAUGGAGUGUGCGAUAACUGUGCCUUCUCAAGUGAGGUCAAAGAAGUUGAUGUAUCCGGUCCAGCCAAGCUCGUGGUUUCUUUGGUGCAAGAAACACAACAAAAGGAUCAGAGAGCGACGAUGUUGCAGCUAGUAGACAAACUCAGAAGUAUGCACAAGGGUUUGGGUGCUGAGCUAAACAAAGAACAGAUCGAACACCUCGUAAUACAGCUUAUAAUUACUUCUGUAUUGAAAGAAGAAUUUCAGCAUACGGCAUACUCAACAAACGCUUAUGUGACACUGGGACCAUUGGCCAAGCAAGUGUUGCAAGGAAGAAAGAUAAUCAAGAUGGAAGUUUCAAGCAGACAGAACAAUUCAACCGCCAGCAGGAAAUCGAAACGAAGGGUUUCAUUCUCCGGGUUGGAACUUAAGCUCGACGAGCUAAGAAAGGAGAUCUCCUCAGCUCAGGGAAGCAUACUCCCGCACGCAGUCCUCUCCACCCAGCAAAUGAGCUCGAUAAGUUUCCAUAAACCGAGCUCUUUACAAGAGUUGGAGAGUGCUAUAGGGAAACUGAAAACGGAGAAGUACGGAGACAGGAUUUUGGAAGUGGUGAUGAAAUAUGAUGCAGCUUCUUCUGAAGAAAAUGAGACAAAGGAAGAGACAGGAACUAAAACCAGACCCAGAAAGAGGCAGAAAAAGACGGACGACGAUUCUGUUGUUUUGGUCGGAAGCAGCGAUGAUGAAGAAGCUUGAUGUUGUUUACAACUUUACAAGAAGGUGACUUCAUUUCGCUUUUUUUUUUUGGCUUAUUUAUUUUAUGCAAUUUACAAGUACAUUUUUUUAAUGAUACCCCUUGAUAUAAAUUAGUUCGCUUUAUUGAUGAUUUUGUUACCCUC